UCAUUUAUUUUUUUAUUUGGUCAUUUAUAUCUAACCAGACCCAUGCGAAGUUUAAAAGUCUGACUGUGACUGUUACAUUUAAUCUUAUUGCCUUGGACUUGGUGUGCUAUUAUUAUCCAUAUCUGAUUUCCAAGUUCAGUAUCUGCUAUUUCUCUCAUUUAUAUUAUCUACUUAUGUAAUUAUCGAAUCACAUUUUCCCUAGAUUUAAAUAUAUAAACGGUCAAUGGAAAAAAGAAUACUUUUAAUGAAUAGAGAAACAGCAUGUGGUAGAGUUUGAAAAUGUAACUCAUUUAUCGUGAUAUUAAUUUUUACUUGAUUGUAUUAGUUAUAGGAUGGUAAAACAAAAUGAUAAAAUAUGUUCCCAUUUACAAAACCAUUUGUCAGGGUAAGCAAAAUGAAAUUUCAUGUGCGUACCCUGGCUCUUUUUUCCUUCAUCAUAUUUCUAAAUUUAGCUUUAAGGAUUAUACAAAAUAGGGAAACGGAACAACAGAAGCAAAAUAGCAUCCAGAAUUUUUCGACAUAUUUAUGGCAGAACAGAACCUUUGUAACGACAAUUAAUCAUUUCAGCUCCAAGAAUAGGUUGUAUUUUACAAGGAAUAUUUUCGACAAUUUUUCUGGAGAAAUAAAAUCAACAAUUGGACAAAAGAUUAUUUUAUUUUUCAACGAACCUGAAUACAUGAGAAAACUGGGUAAGAAGGAUGCAGUUUAUAAAGAUUGCGAAUAUAAAAACUGCAUAAUUUCACAUGAUAAGAAUAAACUGUCGAUCGCAAAUGCCGUCAUAUUUUACAUAGGGAUUAGAAAUGAACGAAUGGGAAAAGAGCCACCAAUUAACAUGAAACAACGUAAUCCAAACCAGGCAUGGAUAUUUACCACAGUAGAACCUCCAGAACAUUUCUAUAAUGCUGAUUACCGGUCAAAAUUUUGGCAUAACACGAUGAACUGGUCAAGUCUAUAUAUGCUUGAUUCGGAUAUACCAAAUCCUUAUGGCUGUUUAGUACGAACAAAAGAACUAACUUCAAGUGACUAUGAUUCUGUUUAUAAUUCCAAGACACGUAAUGCUCUCUGGAUGGUCAGCCAUUGUGAGGUUGCUAGUGCUCGAAGACGAUACGUGAUAGAAAUGACAAAGAACGGAUUUGACGUAGAUAUCUUAGGAGGCUGUGGCACAGAUGGGAGAAAAGUCAGCAUGCAAGAGUUUGCACAAAUUGUUCCCACCUAUAAAUUCCUCUUAGCAUUUGAAAACUCUUUUUGUAAUGAUUAUAUAUCUGAAAAGUUUUUCCAUCAUUACAAUUCAAGUUGGAUUAUUGUUGUAAGAGGUGGUGCUAAUUAUAAUCGUUUACUUCCUUAUAAAACUUACAUAAAUACGGCGGAUUUUUCUAAAGUAUCCACUUUAGUAGAUUUUCUUUCCAAUCUUGCUAACGACAAGGAUAAAUAUAUAGAAUUUCUUCGUAAUAAAGACAGGUACGUAAGCAUCCGCUGGCCUGGAAACAGAAACUGUGAAAUCUGCAGGCGAUUGAACAAUUUAUCAAACUAUGUAAAAUCAUACACCACACUUGAUCAAUAUCUAACUGUUAAUCAGUGCUUCCAGCCAAGUGACUCAUAAGUUGAAUUUGCUCCAAAUAUAAGCAAACAGUAGGUGUUUAUAUAAAUAAAUAUACCAAAAAAUGUUGCAAUUUCUGUCUUUGUGCAAAUAUAUGUUCGUAAUAGUCACGUGUAUUUACUCACAUCAAUCCCCUACAGUAUUAGCACAUUUCUCAGACGAUUAGAGAAUGAAUUAAGGCGGAACAUCAGCAGGAAUCAUAAAAAAGACGUUAUGGAAUUUAAAAUGAAUAGAAAUAGAAUGUGUUUUUCCUACUAAAAUUGGUACUUCACAUAAACAUGAUGUAACAUUCAACGAAUAGACCAGUUUGAAAAAUGUUUAGAAUGUACUUUAAAUAUUCUGCAAAAUAUGCACCCGUUUCAGAUUUAAAUCCUAUCAUCCUGGGAUGACAAUUGUACCUCUAUAUCUUGUUUCCUAUGCACUUUGUUCUCAUAUUUGUUUCGUGCAUGUCUUCAUUGAUUGGCUUUGAUUCGACAUAUUAAACGAAAUAUUAACAUUGACUGGACUCAACGACGAGAAAUUUUAAAUCGAUCAUGUCACUUAAUUCUUGACAUUUUGCCCCGAGAUUCCGUUGACGAGCAAGUUCUUUUUUAAGCAACACCGAUCGGCCCCUGUCCAACCCCUCUCAUUUUGCUAUGUUAAAUUCGACUUUCAUUUCGCACUCCAUCAUUUUUAUACCUUAACUCUCGUAGUUUUGUUCGCAGACUCCGACAAACGAGCAUAAAAAACCCUAACUCGAAUGUUCAUCAAGUGAAAACAUGAGUAAAAGCCCUAAUUAACAUUUUUACUCCAAGACACUGCCAUUUCUGUCCGCGAGAUCCGGAUUUGUCCGGCUAAGUUAGCCUAGAGCUUUUUGAAUAGAUAAUAUCUGACCAUUUAAUGUGCAAGAUGGAUAGCAGUGAUCUACGCAAAUCCCUCUUUCAUAGGAAUAAUCAGUACUGGUCUUAAAGGUUACAGUAAGUCAGAUAGCAAAUAAAUAACAAGCCCUAAGUAACUGUACUAUACUUUGAACGAAUCCAAAUGUCAAAAUUCAACCUGUUACUUACUACGUUUUCAAAUCCAUUAGAAAAUACGUAGAUAUGUAAUUUUAUAUCAGGUGUAUGACUCCAUUAAUAACAGCAUAAAAAUGUUACUUUAAAUUCCGUUAUUGUCAGGCAAACGAUCAAAACUUUCUUUUGGCAUUUAACAAAUUCAAAGGCAUCUUACACAAACGGAUAGAUGGCUUCGCAUCGGGAAAUACGCACUCAUUCCUUUACUCACACUGAACAAAACAGUUUCUUCAAGAGUGUGCACAUGUUGCGAUGAAAAUCUGAUAAUCUACCAAUUCAUACUUUGAAAAUAACAUUAGCUAGCGUUUGGACGCAAUGUUUCUAAAUUCCAUAGACACUACGUAGGAACAAUCAUGUUGCAAUCAUUUAUUAUUUACAUUUUUGUCGUAGGAUAUGAUUAUAAUAACUGCCACCGCUCAUUGAAUCAGUUUCUGUAUAAUUGUCUACACAUUAGUAAACUGCUCAUUACAUGGUAUAAGUGAUCAAUAAUUGAGAAAGAUAGAAACAAAAUAACUAAGUUUGAAAUUUUAUUGUGUACAAAAUUUUAAAGUGCAACUUCCAGUAUAAGUAUUCAAAGACUUAAAAGCAGGUAGAAAUAUAGCGUGCCGUAUAUAACUUCUUACUACGCAUGUCAGAUUUUUGGAUGUAUGCCCUGAACUCUUCAAAACAAUAUGAGAAUGUCAUUGACUAUGAUUCCUCUGUGCUAAAGGCAAGCUGCAUGUUUUGUGCUACUCAUUCUACGUUCCGAAGAGUUCCAGAACAUUUAUUAUCAAUUUUGAUUUACGCAUAUAUGAGAAAAUAAAUAAAUAAUUACUUCCUUAGAGUUAUUGUUUCAAGUUUCUACGAAAAAUCAAAGCAGCUACUUUAAUAUGCAC